GGUGCAGUGGCGCAAAGCGCGGAAGACCUGUGAGCCGGGCGGAGCAUCAGAAAUCCAUACAGUCGAUUAUUUCUUAGCGGCACACAUCUACUAAACACACUAACCAUCAUCUUAAAAUGGCAGACCAGCUGACAGAGGAACAAAUUGCUGAGUUCAAGGAGGCCUUCUCACUGUUCGACAAGGACGGAGAUGGCACCAUCACCACCAAGGAGCUGGGCACAGUCAUGCGCUCGCUGGGCCAAAACCCCACAGAGGCAGAGCUCCAAGACAUGAUCAACGAGGUGGACGCUGAUGGUAAUGGGACUAUUGACUUUCCUGAGUUUCUGACCAUGAUGGCAAGGAAGAUGAAGGACACCGACAGCGAGGAAGAGAUCAGAGAAGCCUUCAGAGUUUUUGACAAGGACGGCAACGGUUACAUCAGCGCUGCAGAACUGCGUCAUGUGAUGACGAAUCUGGGUGAGAAACUGACUGACGAGGAGGUGGAUGAGAUGAUCAGGGAGGCGGACAUCGAUGGAGACGGCCAGGUUAACUACGAAGAGUUUGUCCAGAUGAUGACUGCAAAGUAAAUCAGAAAAGGAAAGGACUUACCACAUGAGACCAAACAGUGGGCAGCACUCUCACUGUCAACACUCAACAAGCAUUCAACCAUCCUCCUAAUUAAUAUUCUUUUUUUCCGCUUUGCAUUUGUUUUCCCCUUCCUGCCCCUCCCCUACAUCAGUGUUUGCUUGAUUCAGGUACAUCAAGGUUUUUUUCCAUUAACAACAUACGAGCAUACAGAUUCUAAUGCGUUUAAUCAAGAGGAACAAGUGAACAAUAUUUUAAGCUGAUACAUAUAUAUACAUAUAUAUGUACGUGUGACAAGAGUAUUGCAUGCUUAAUUUCUUUGGGAAUGAUUUUUGUGCUUAUCUGCUUGCAUCCAUUUUCUAUUGUGCUUUCUCAACCACUUGAGAACAUUGCAUAGUCUCUUUCAACAGACUGUUGUAAAUGUUUGCUCUAAACUGCCCAGGACAGGAUUAUAAAAGACAUGUUUAGUGUUUGUAUUUCAAGACAGAUAAGCAAGUCAUUUCUGACAUGAAGUUUCUUUUAAACGGUUAUACCAAGCAAAUUUGUUCAAAACCUGACUGACUUACAAACAUUUUUAGUAAUGAUAACAUGGUCAUUUAAAAGCUUGGUGGGAAGUAUUACAAUUCAAUAAUAAAAUAUUUAAAUUAAUACACAAGUUUACCAAUCAGUCAAGUUAAUUGUUUUGAGAUUGUCAGUUUAUCCUCUAAACAUGAAAUUGCCCAGACUGUUUUCACACAAAGUGGUGAAAAAGACCUCAAUCCGUUCACCGCAUGAUCCAUUUUCAAACUCGUUGGUGGUUUUAAAAGCAUCCUUGCGAAAAAGAAAGGGACAUUUCUCAUCUUACUGGUGGAAGGUUGAAUCCAAGAUUUUUUGAGAUUGUGCUGCUUGUGGUUUUGUACCUAACUUGUGUUAGUGAAUAAUCUUGUGGUCUAAUGUGUCGAAGAUGCCCUACGCUUCUGGCACCCCCAUACUGCAUGUUCAGUUAGAUGGCUUCUUACUUUGAUGUAUUUUGAAUUCUUUCUCCCAUUCCCUAUGACUUUUAUUUUUUACUGUUCUGAAAUUUUUCAUUUUUGAAGACUUUGCCAGUUACCUGUUCUCUCCCUCCCCCCCCCCCCCCUUCCCCUGUAAAGUCAUACAUUGUUUGGGUGAAUGAGAGAUUAUGCAUUCCAUUGGCUAAACUCAUGUCAGUUUUCUUGCUAAAUAAACUCUUUGACCAGUGUUUCUAUA